AUGGAUUAUUUUUUGAAAGCUCAAGAAUCACGUUUGCGGAAUUUUUUUGAGGGUGUUGAGCAUAAACAAGCAGAACGAUCGUCUAUUCAUUCAAAAAGUUUCGGUCAUGAAAUUCAAAGGCUUGACAAUGUUGCAAAGGAGCAUAAUAAACUUUUUAUUGAAAUAUUGAAUGCAAUGAAUGAGUCUCUUCAUCUCAAGGUUGAUGAGAUAUAUUCUUGGAUUUCGAAAGAAGUAAAGAAACUGGAGGAAAGUUACAAGUUAUUGCAUGGCAAAGUCGAUGUUAUUGUUGGUGUCAUAACUCAUUUGCCUUCGAAAGUACCACAAACUAUGGCAAAGGCAAAAUUAAAUAUCAAUGAAUUUGUAGACGGAGAAAUCAUUCAUCAGCCUUAUGUGUUAUGUCCCAAGGAAAGAACAAUAGAGGGAAUUUAA